AGAGAUGGAGCAGAAGAAAGAGACGAAGACGACGACGAUGAGUGAGGAAGCGAAAGAGAGAAUAUCAGAGAGGCUGUCAUGUUUGGAGAACCUUUACUUUCCGCGCGCUCUUCAAUCCACCGUCACUCUCCCUUCUCAACGCAAGGCCAUCUUCCGCGACCUUCUCUCAAGAGACGUUGCUCUUUUCUUAGAACGAUACGGCUCGCAACUCACGUGCAACGAGUUGAGUGAAUUCGAUUCGAUGAAAGACGAUUACGAGAUUAAUUGGCACGUGAAGCGGCUGCGGAGCAUAAUGAGUCCGACGUCGGAGGAGCUGAGGCUGAGGUCGGUGACGGUGAAGAACCGGAGGCGGGCCUAUUUGGAUAAACUGGUGUGCGCGGGGCACUACUUCUCCGAGGAUGCGAUGAGGGAGAGAGAGCCGUAUCUACACCAUGAGUACGUGGGCAAGUUUCAGGACCAGAGCGGGAGAGGCAUGGCGAGGCCGGGGGAGCGGUGGUCGGAGACGCUCAUGAGGAGGUGCGAGGAAGCGGCGCUAGUUGCUAAGAUUAGAGGGGAGCAGCAGAGGAUGGGUGUGCCGGAAAGGGAUUGGGUCGGUAAUGAGAGGUUUCAAGAAGAGGAGGAGGAGGAGGAAGAAGAGGAGGAGGAAGAGGAAGAAGAGGAUGAGGAGGUGGAUGAAGAGAGGAGAAGAGGCAGUAGCAAUGGACAGCCUGUAGAGAGACACCUGAAUGAGGCGAAUGUGAUUGAUAAUGCCGCAUCCGAUCCAGCCAGAGUGAGUCGGGAACCAACUUUAUCUGCAGAAGAAUUGGAGGAGCGGAUGAAUCAAUUCACCUACAUUAUGCAGCAGAAGUUUCUAUUAGGGGAAGAUCGCGAACAUCUAGAUUACACUAAAAUAGAUAAUGAUGAGACCCUUGACGAUCAUUGGCAGAGGGAGGCCAAUAUUGAUGCAGAAGAGAGAUACUUUGCUGAUGACUAAUCUGGGUAAUGGGAAUCAGUGUAAAAUGAACGUGGAUGGCGUUGAGAAGAAAUAUCUGAUUGUGGAGGCAAAAGCAUGGCAAUGAAACAUGGUACAACACUGACAAGGACACAAAAAACAAAAGAAAAAGGGGUCCCACCGAAACA